UCAGGGCAACUCCGAGUCGCAAUCGGCUGCCUGCACGCACAGUGGGUGAGGCACGACGCAGCCGCUUAGGUGACUUCCGAGUCACGACCCGCUGAGUCACGACUGGCAGUCGUAAUAGAUAGACGCGUGCACAGCUGGUGAAGCACGACGCGCCGCAGUCGUAGAGCGUGACUGAGUUGUCUCAACUACGACUCGUAAUAGAUGCCACAGCGACUCGUAAUAGAUGCCACAGCGACUCGUAAGCAUGUCUGACCUGUCGUCGCUAAUCGCUCGUCCCUUGCAACCCUACGCAUGACUGCCACGUGGCGAUCGCUUUGUCGUGUGAAUCCACGCAGACGUUCGGGUCGCGCGUGCGCGCCUUGGGUUGCGCGCCGUCCAUCUUCGUCCUGACCGUCGACCCAAACCCUAAAAGCGAUCAUCCUUUAUUAAGUCUGCUUUUCAUUCGCCUCAAAAGGGACGCCUUCUGGUGCGCGCCGUCACUCUUACCGAGCCGUCCUCCCGGUGAUCCCGGCGAUAUUUGCUUUUCCAGCCUGGAGUCGCCAUCGUCCGCGUUAAUGGCGUCCGCCGCUACCGCGUACAAGCACGACAAGGCCCUCCAAGCGGCGCACCAGCGCGAGCUCAAGGCGCUCCUCCGCGCGCCGGGCAACGAGACCUGCGCCGACUGCGGCGGCCGCUUCCCGCGCUUCGCGUCGGUGUCGCUGGGCGUGUUCCUGUGCAACCGUUGCUACGGCAUUCACAGAGGCAUCGGCGUGCACGUCACGCGCACCAAGUGCGUCGAGCUCGACGCGUUGGAGCGCGGGGGAGAUCGCCGCAAUGAGAGCCAUGGGGAACAAACGAGCGGCUGCGAUCUGGCAGGGCAACGUCCCUUCCAGUGUGAGAGCACCCUCAUCAGCCUCACCAGAUGCAGAGCAUCAACAGCAGCAUCAACGGCAGCAUCAACGGCAGCAUCAACGGCAGCACAGCAAGCAGGGUCCACACCCAUCCCCCCACCACCACCGCCCAUGAAACUUAUCAACCCAGCCAUGCAGCUGCUGCUGGCAUCUCUCUAAGUCAUACAUGGAACGCUGGUGUUCUAGGCGCUGGAAGCAGCAGUAACAGCGAUGUUAUAUCCAAUUCGGUUUCCAGUGCAAGCAGCAGCAGCCACACUGAACUCCGACCGAAGUAAGCAACCAGCUGCUGCGCCUAAAGAUCUGAUUGAUUUCUCACAGUGGUGACUUCUGGGCUUUAUUACGAAGCAAUGGUCAGUCUGUUUCUCACAAGACGAGAGUUGGGGGGAGUGAUAUACGCAUGUGUUUUUGUAGGGCUAAUACUGGCGAACGUGUUGUGCCAGGAAGGAUAGUAGACCCGAAGGAAAUUAUUACCAUUUUCUUUGUGCCUGCCAUGUGUUGGAAA